AUGUUGGUGCUACGCCUUGUUAUCGUCGCCACCAUCGUGUCUGGCGUUGCAGCUGACUGGCUGACUUCCUUCAAACAUAGGCUGACGUCGAUCAGCGACGCACACAAUGCACUUUUCCACGAUCGGCUUCUCGGGCAGCUGAGAUCUGCGCGUGCAUCUGCUUCUCCGUCGCCGUCUUCCCCUGCACCGACGCCUUCGACCGUUACUUCUCUUCAUCUGCACAUCCUUGACACUACGCUAAGCAAUGCUACAAGUCCGUACGCCGAUAACAGUACUACGUCCUUUGUAUUGUACACCUCGGACGCCCUGCCGACCAACCCUGCCCCUCCGUCCGCCUGCGCUGACUCACUCACUGCCGCAAUUCAGUGCAAUUCCACUGUUCCUCUCAUGAGGUAUGCUGCUAUUGCUUCGUGCUGCUUGCUUCUGACACGCCCUCGUGCAUACGAGCUGCAGUGUCUCUAUGACGCGUCCGACGCGCAGUACUGUGGUCCUGUUGUGAACGGAUAUAACGCGACGGGCGGUCUGCUCUCCCUUCCCAGCAGCGAAUUGUGCACCUUCUGCACUCUGGAGACGCUCAACAUCACUGACCUGCUCUCCGAAGCUGUCCAACAAUGUGGCUCCGCGUACGAUUCAUACAACGUUACUGUCGCCCCCUCUGAGGUCGUCUCCGCCGCGCCGACCGCCACGUUCGGUGUGACCGGCCCGCCGCCUAUGUCUGCCACCUGUGCCUACACCGGCCAAAACGUCACUAUCUCGACCAACACCACUUGCGCCGCGCUCGGCACUCAGUAUCAAGUAUCCACGAACGACAUCCGAUCAAGCAACCCGGGACUUGUCGACAGUACCUGCGCAAUCACUGCUCCCGCGACGCUGUGCAUCCCACCCGCGUGCAACCUAUACACGGUCCAAACGAAUGAUACUUGCGACUCCGUCGCCGCUGCGAGCGGCUCGCUGACGGGUACAAACGUCACGACAGUACAGCUUAUCUCGAUCAAUCCGGAGCUGGGGACGUAUUGCCAGAGCAUAUCGGCGUUGGUGGGAGACACAAUCUGUCUCAGUCCGAACGGAGGAUGGCCUGCGGUUGGAGUGACUACGACUGCCCUGCCGAGCCCGACGCCGACUGCUGUCGCUCCAGUUCCCAUGCCGACGGGACCGGGAUCUACGCCAAAUUGCGGAAGAUGGUACUUGACGAAGGAAGGUAAGUUGAUGAGCUUCAGUGCUAUCAUCAUAGCCAACGGCAUCACACUUGCUGACUUCUUGACGAUCAACCCUGAGAUCAACGCCGAUUGUACAAACCUUUGGCUUGCGUACUACUAUUGCGUUGCACCAUACCCACCGCUGGCCUCCUCAACAGCGCCCCCGAUCCCGACCGGGAACUUCAGCAAUGGCGGCAUGAACCACGACCCGUUGCCGACCGCCAAUUACACGCCCAUCUGGUACACGAUGACGUUGGACCCGGUUGGUGUGGCCGUGCCCACAAACGUAGCCAACGGCACGCGCACUUUAGAAUGCGGAUAUUAUUACGAUGUUCAGAGCAAUGACACCCUCGACUCGAUUUCUUCAGAGGUCGGACUCAACGUAUCCGUACUCGAGACCUGGAACCCACAGCUCGCAAAUGCGGCACCCAUCGCGAACACGAGCAUCUGCGUCGUUUUCCCCACAGGGAACUAUACGCUCUACAACGCGACGCGCCCGUCCAAUGCCGACCCGAAGAGUACACCGGACUGCGCGGAGUGGUACACCGUCGUCGCCGGUGAUGGCUGCGCGAGCAUUGAGGCCGAGUUCGGGCUCACGAGCGACCAAUUUCUGGAGUUGAACCCCGGCGCAGGUGCUGACUGUACUACCCUACAGCUCGGGGUGAGCUAUUGCGUGCUUUCGAUAUACCUGCCCUCCUCAACGACGACCGGUCCUCCCAGCAAUCUUGCAGCGGGAUCGUUCACGAAUUGUACAUCAUACGCGACCGUAGUCAGCGGGGACACAUGCUCGACACUGGAGGUUGCAGCGAACAUAUCCUUUACUGAUCUACUACGGUGGAAUCCCGAGCUCGAUACAGCAUGUGAGACCAUUGAGCUCAAUGCGGCGUAUUGCGUUGGUGGCGGAGGUUUGAUGUUUCACGAGCCUCAUAAGAUCCGGUCGACUGAUCAGACCUCUCAGGUGACGCCUGUCCCAAGCUCUACACUGUCGCUUCCGGCGACUACUGUGGUCUCAUUGAGACGAACGAAGGGAUCACUGCGGCUCAGUUGCAGGACCUCAACCCCUGGUUAG